AUGCCGGGCCCGUCUGUUUACCUGGGAGGAUCUCGGCCCAUCGUCAUGUACAACGGCUGCGUUCUGGGGGACGUGCCAGCGCCUAUUAAGCACGUCCCUGCGGCAGACUCGCUGACACAAAAUUGGUACGAGCAUUCCGCGGGGUUGUGCGCCGUGGACGACAUGGUCGCGAGCAACACCGAGAUCAAUUUGCAUGCGACCUUGCCGCGAGAUCCGCGCGAGGAGCAGCCAGAGGCCGCGUCCACCGCAUGCGACUACCUCGACACAGAUAGCGACUUCGGGGAAUACUCGGCGACGCGCUACUCCUGCCACUCGUUGGGCCCCGUCUCCUCCUCGGCGGGUCUGCUCUGCGAGGCCGCCCCGCCCUCGGGCUCGCGCGCCGUGCAGGGCGGCGGCGGGGUCCGCGCAGCGCCCCGAGGCGGCCCUGCCGGCGCAGGGCGCGGCGAGCGGACGGGCGCGCCGCCUUUGUGGGAGCCGCUGGGCGCUCCUCGGUCCACAGCGGUGGUGGCUGUUGGGCGGACGAGGUGA